UUAUUUCGGACGCAACCCACUCAGUACAAAUUUCCCAAGCCGAGCGCAGGGUGGGGAGGAAAUGCGCUUUACAAUGCAUGGCAGUUUGAUCCAGAGGCUGUGGGAGCGCCCAGGCUGGGUGCUGCUAGGAUGUUCCUCUAUCCCUCAACUUGGGGGCCUUGCCUUUGCUUGUCUUGGGUAUUUUUUAUCUCCCUGGCCCUGCUCUAUCUGUAAACUAAAGGAAUAAGUUCGUGUCUUCUGAGGACCAUGUACUCGGAUAGCUACAGUGGGGACAGAUCCUUUCACCACCUGGUCUUUUUUUAUUUCUUAUGGCCCUUUUGGACCGGGUCUCCAUGUGCAGUCUAAGCUAACUUUAAAUCUCCCUGCCUCAGCCUUCUGAGUACUGGAAUUACAGGCACAAACCAUCACGAACAGCUCUAAAACGACCCUGCAACCCCAGCAGACCAGGGACUGAGGUCUGGUUUGCACGCAAGGGAGGCUCUGUCUUCACUUUCCACUCCACAUGAACACCGGCCGCACUGAGGUUCGACCCACGCGGGUGGCUGCAGAGCCGCUGCCCUGACGACGACUAGGGUUCCAGGCUCCGCGCUAUGACGCGCCUCUCGCGGUCUCCACCCUGAGGCCAGCACCCCACGAAGGCGGGACCUGGGCGGGGCCAGAAGCCGCGGGAACCCCGAGCCCGCCUCCUCCGCAAGCUCCUAGGCGCUCGCCAUGGCCCCGGCGCUGCUGCUGGUCCCGGCGGCCCUCGCCUCCUUCAUCCUGGCCUUUGGCACCGGAGUGGAGUUCGUGCGCUUCACCUCCCUGCGGCCGCUGCUCGGAGGGAUCCCGGAGUCCGGUGGUCCGGAUGCCCGCUAUGGGUGGUUGGCUGCCUUGCAGGACCGAAGCGUUCUUACCUCCCUGGCUUGGGAUCUUGGGCUUCUGCUAUUGUUUGUGGUGCAACAUAGCCUCAUGGCAACUGAGACAGUGAAGGCGUGGACAUCCCGGUACUUUGGAGUCCUUCAGAGGUCACUGUACGUGGCCUGCACUGCGCUGGCCUUGCAGCUGGUGAUGCGGUACUGGGAGACUGUACCCAGGGGCCCAGUGUUGUGGGAGGUUAGAGCUGAACCUUGGGCCACCUGGGUGCCCCUCCUCUGCUUUGUGCUCCACGUCAUUUCCUGGCUCCUCAUCUUCAGCAUCCUUCUGGUCUUUGACUACGCUGAACUCAUGGGCCUCAAACAGGUAUAUUACCACGUACUAGGACUGGGUGAGCCACUGGCUCUGAAGUCUCCUCGGGCUCUGAGGCUCUUUUCCCACCUUCGACACCCAGUAUGUGUGGAACUUCUAAUGGUGCUGUGGGUGGUUCCCACCCUGGGCACUGACCGCCUCCUCCUGGCUCUUCUCCUUACCCUCUACCUCGGCUUGGCUCACGGGCUCGACCAGCAAGACCUCCGCUACCUUCGGUCUCAGUUACAAAGAAAACUCCAGCUUCUCUCCAGACCCCAGGACGGGGAAGCAGAGUGAGGAGCCAGCUCCAUUUCUAGGGCCUGUUCUUCCUCAAAAAUCAAAAAUCCCUUAGCUUCCAGACCGUUUGAUACAGACCAGAAGCUGGAAACCAUGUGCUGAAGGGGCUGUCACUUCCCCUGCUUGAGACCUCGGUUCCAGGGUCCAGAUCCCCUACUCUAAAUUUAGAGUUUCAGUCACUGGCCUCCAGGGUCCAUUUCUCUCCAACCAAGAGUGGGUACAAAGUCAUGUCAUCUCUUGGGGUUAACACAAGGCCUUGAGCACUCCCUCCUCUGGUACCGUUAUUGGUUCUGCACCUCAGGGAUCCCCUUCCUAGUUUCCACUUCAAGAGCUAUGCCAGGGCCAGCCAGCAAAGUUUGCAGGUAGUGGAUAUCUCUUGUACCACUGUGCGUCUUCCCCACUCCUGCCAUCAUUUCUCCACCUCCUUAUAGGUCCUGCCCUACAGAUCCUAGGUGUCUCCUGUUUUUUAACUCGGUCUCCUACCGCGGUGUCUCCCGUUUUUAACUCGGGCUGACUCAGGGCUCCCUGCUCUCUCAAAGGAUAUGCGCUGCAAAAAAAUAAAAAAUUUCUACGUAUGGUA